CCUGAUUGACCGAAGGGGAUUUGUGCAGUCUGACACCGUGUUGCCCUCACCCGUCAGAAGCGAUGAGCCAACCUGCGGAGCCAAGCCCGACGCCAGCAUGAGCCAUGGAGAGAGCCAGUCUGAUCCAGAAGGCCAAGUUGGCAGAGCAGGCUGAACGCUAUGAGGACAUGGCAGCCUUCAUGAAGAGCGCCGUGGAAAAGGGUGAGGAGCUGUCCUGCGAAGAGCGGAACUUGCUCUCAGUGGCCUACAAGAACGUGGUGGGUGGCCAGAGGGCUGCCUGGAGGGUCCUGUCCAGUAUCGAGCAGAAGAGCAAUGAGGAGAGCUCGGAAGAGAAGGGCCCCGAGGUGCGAGAGUACCGGGAGAAGGUGGAGACCGAGCUCCGGGGCGUGUGUGACACGGUGCUGGGCCUGCUGGACACCCACCUCAUCAAGGAGGCCGGUGAUGCCGAAAGUCAGGUCUUCUACCUGAAAAUGAAGGGCGACUACUACCGCUACCUGGCUGAGGUGGCCACUGGUGACGACAAGAAGCGCAUCAUUGACUCAGCCAGGUCGGCCUACCAGGAGGCCAUGGACAUCAGCAAGAAGGAGAUGCCACCCACCAACCCCAUCCGCCUGGGCCUGGCCCUGAACUUUUCUGUCUUCCACUACGAGAUCGCCAACAGCCCCGAGGAGGCCAUCUCACUGGCCAAGACCACCUUCGACGAGGCCAUGGCGGACCUGCACACCCUCAGCGAGGACUCCUACAAAGACAGCACCCUCAUCAUGCAGCUGCUGCGAGACAACCUGACGCUGUGGACCGCCGACAGCGCCGGGGAAGAGGCCGGCGAGGCUCCCGAGGAGCCCCAGAGCUGAGCCGCGGCCGCCCCCUCCCUGCCGCGCCAGGCCCUCUCCAGCACCCCGCCCGUGGCAGAGAGGACUAGAUGGGGUGGGAGCCCCGACCCUUCUCCCCCAACGCUCUGCCCCCCGCUCACAAAAGCUCCGAGGAGAGGGACCAGCAGAGCCAGGGGGGCCGGCUCUUCCUGCAGCUGCCGGCGCCCUCACCGGUGGUCAGCCCCCCACCCCUGCUCUCUGCACCCCUCCUCCAAACCCCACCGCCAACCGGGCCACCUCCAACCCCUCUUGCCUCCCUCCCGCCCCCGUGUGCCCCUGAAUCUUAGGAAUUGAGGAGUGUCCCACCCUUGCGGCUGAGAGCGGGACUGUGUGGCAGAGUCUGGAAAUGAGUGUGUGAGAGACUGAGAGCGAGUGAGAGCGAGUGAGAGCGAGCGCGGAGGACCCAGGAUGACAGGGAAUGCGUGUCUGCUGGCUGUGACCCUGUUUCCUCUCAAUAAAGUUCCCCUGUGACACUCCUCCUGUCUCUUCCGGUUAUUGGUGGACGGAUGGGACAGGGAUUGGCUUAUGAUUUGGAGACCUUGACUUCUUCUGAUUUAGGACCCUGGCCUCUCAAGGGGCUGGCCCAGGGACGCACAGGCAAGACUUUGGAGCCAGUGACUCCAGGUGAGAGGCUGCGGGGCGCGGGUCCAGCUCUCCAUCAGGGUGGCCCCCAACAAACUCGUCUGGGCCCGGGAGCGUCCGGAGAGCGCAAAGGCGGCUCCGAGGCUGCUCGGAAGGGGGAGGGCGAGGCUGAAGAACUCAGAUCUGAGGGGACAGGAAAGCAGGGAGUCUCAGGUGUGAGGUCCGAGGUCCGCGCUGCAAGGACAGGUUGUAGCGAGCGGCAGGGAGCAUGCCAGCUCUGAAAGCGAGGAAGAGCCCCAUCAAGUGCUCAAAUCUGAGAGGAGGCGAGCGCAAUCUGACAGGGGCACGCCGCCGCCAUUAAAAGCCCACAGCUGAGGAGAGGGGAACGCCCCCGCCCCCCGCGUUCGGACAUGGGGACGAAAUGAAAUGGGCAGGCGAGGAGAAGCCCCGAGCUGGGUGGGAAGGGCCGCGGGGAGCGGAGACACGCCCAGGCCAGCCCAGCUCGCAGCCUCCGCCGCCGGCUCCGACACGCCGGGACCUGCGGCCGCCUCGCUCGCUCCCGCCUUCACAGCCCGCGGCUGGAGGCGGGCCCGAGGCCGAUGCCGUCCAAUCUCGGGAGAGAGCUGCUCAGGGUACCGCCCCCGGAGCCCGACGGGCCAAUAGGGGAGAGCGCGGCGGAACGCGCGCGGGGCGUCUUCCUUCCACCCUCCCGGCCCCGCCGGCGUCGCGACGCGCAGCCCGAGUGAGGGCUUCCCCCGCGCCGCCCGCCAAGCGCCAGGGGCAGCGCUUUCCCGGUUUCACUCAGACGGGUUGCCACUCGCCCAGCCCGAGAGCUCCGCAUCCUCGGAGCAGCGGGACGGGGCGGGGCCGCGCGGCAAAAGGAGUCCCCGCCCUUUGAGUCAUCUGCUCUGCGGGCGUGGCCCGGCCCGGCCAGGCGGGCAGGGUCCGCUGCCCGGCCACCAAGGCGUCCCCACUGCCCUCCAGGAUCCAGGCAGCCCUGAACCGAUGGGCUUGGAUUGUGUCCCCGACGGGCUGUGAGACCUUGGAAAAGCCAUUAUGCUUCCCUGGGUCUCAGUUUCCCUUUCAGUAUCAAAGGGUUUGGACGAAAAUCUGACAAAAACCGUGGUGUCAGAACUGCCUGGGUUUGAACCCCAGCCCUCCGUGGCCAAGGCUCUUAAUUUUGCUUUUCGUUUGUGCCCUCGCUUUUCGUUUGUAAAGUGGGCAUUAAAAAACUGUACCUUAAGAGUUGCUAUGAAGUUUGAGAAAAUAAAUGCUUGUAAAGUAGUCCUAGUGCAUGUUUAAUACAUGUUAGCUAUUAUUAAACCUUCCAGCAUCAAUA